GUCUCCAUCCCUCCCCCAAGCCCCACGCUUCGUUUGCAUCCUGGCUCAUGGUUCAGUUUCCCACCGAACUGCAGGGGGACCCGGCUGUUGCCAGAGCAGGCCCCCUGCUUUGCCGCUUGUCCACGGGGCAGGGGAUGGCAGCCCCUGCCUGGGGACAGGCGGCGGUGGGGGCGGCCACUGCCUGGGGGAUUUGGCCCUCGUGACCUGGGCGAAUUCCGGAGCCAGUGAGCCGGGCAGCGGCCAGGGCCUGGAUGGCGGCGCCGCUUCCUCCCCGCCCGUCGCCUUUCUCCAGGGGCUCGUUUUCUGUGUCCCGCCCAAGUCCCGUGGCGCGUAGGGAACGCAGCCCCCACCGUCCUGCGACACAGGCCGGCUCCGCGAGUCAGCCAGCCACGUCUGCUUGUCGUCCUCCCUCCGAAGAUGACCACCGGUCUGAUUCUCCACACAGGCGGCCACUGCCCUCACCCAGUGCCCCUCGGAGUGGGGCCUCUCGGAAGCGUUACCCGGGCUGCGGCUCUGGGACGGAUCCGGCUGUUUCCAGGGACCCCUGUGCUCAGAGGCGGCGCUGAACCCUGGUGGCGGGCGGGGGACCUGCCCGUCACCCCCGCGUGCAUCCUGGGAGAUGCCACCCACGCGGGGACCGUGCCAGCUGCCUGUCAGGGGAGGACGCUGGGUCAGCCGCCGGCCUGGCGCGCUCCGUUCGCGAACAAUGCUGCCCCCGCGCCCGCGAAGGGGCGGACGGCUCCUCGAAGGCGUGUUCCGGGGCCCGGGCAAAGCGUUCUCGAUAAGCACGGCCCAGACGCUCCCCCUAGAGCAGAACCGACCACACGCCCACCAACCGCCCGGACGCAAGAGGACCCCGCUCCCGCCACCGACGCCAGCGCCAGCGCCACCGCCACCGCCACCGCCAGCGCCAGCGGCCGCCACGAGCCGGACGUGUCGCCAGAGCGGUGGCGCUUGGCACUUCCACUGCUGCUGCGGCCGCUGCUUGACCAAUUCGCGCGGCUUCGCUCUCCGCGGGCCGACCGCUUUCCAGAAGUGCGUCGGGCCUUCUGGGUUUCUCUCCCCGCGGCGACAGUUCCCUCCCCUCUUCCGUCGCCAUGUGUCCUUACCGCGGUCCGCGAAAAUAAUUGGCAAUUAAUCUUCUGCUCUUUGCGUAACGUUUUUAAACGGCAUCAAUUAAAGGGGAAAGAUCUGGCUCUGCGCUGCCCCCCAGCAUCUCCGCCUUGCAUUUUCCAGAGACUUUUAAAAGGUCAACGCUACUUCAAAGUCAGACCUCGGUCUGGAUGGACUGCCACCAGAAGGCAACACAGUCUUCGAUACGUUCCGCUGGUUUUGAAAUGAGCUAAAACUUUGACUUCUUAAAAUGUCAGCCUCAUAAAUUCGCCCCCUUAGACAAAGCCAGGUGAUGGUCACCGUUCAGCAGAUCGUCAUUCAGCCACGAUGGCGUCUGAGCCUUGAGCUACCGUUCCACAAAGUACCACAUUCGGUUCUUGUCCUUAAAAAAGCCAGACAUUUAAAUGCGAAUUUGAAAUUUCAAAUUUUAAUCUUUUGCCCGCUUUAAAUUCCAUUCACCCACUUUUCCCCCAAAUCCAGUCAUUUGGGGUUAAAAUACAAAGCACUUAUAAUUUUGGCGCAGAUGGAA